UGUACAUGCCACAACUCCAUGCUAAUGUGCUACUUGAAGGUGUGCCCCUUCAGCAAACCCAUUGGUUUGGACUGCAAGAUCGAGAAGAGUCCUGAUCAGUGUUGUCCCGUCAUCACUUGCCCUCAAGUGCCUGUCAACCUGCAAGUUAUGCACAUGACGACCUCCACGACAUCAGCACCUGCCGUGAUGCAGAUGACCGGCAUCGUGCCAUACGUCGAGCACGGCUGCACCGUCGAGGAGGAUUACUUUCCUGAUGGCGCUCAGAUGCCAGGAAAUGUGUCCAAGCCAUGUGAGCUGUGCUACUGCAUCAGGAACCACACCGCGUGUAUCAUGCAGGAAUGUAUCCUGAAGGUUGAAGGAUGCGUCCCUGUCUUCCAAGAAGGAAUCUGCUGUCCUGUGAGAUACCAAUGUGCUCACGAAGAGGAAGACACUUUCCUCACGACCACGCAAGCAUCUCCCCAAGUUAACGCUACCACUGGCCUCCCAUUCUCCACUGUUAUCCCUGGCUCGAUCUCUGGUGCGUGCAUACAUCAAGGAGAAAUCUAUGCUGACGGAGCAUUGAUAGAAACAGAUGAUCCUUGUGAACACUGCUACUGCAUGAAAGGAGACUUGGUGUGCGCUAUUCAUGAGUGUAAAUCAUCUCUGGACGAGGCCGAUGAAGGUUGCUUGCCAAGACCUCCUCUACCUGGCCAGUGCUGUCCUCAGGGCUACACUUGUCCUGAUCAACUUGAAACGACUUCAUUACAACCUGAUGCAGCAGCUGGCACUGCCACAGUUACACCCGCUACAGAAGUGGAGGAUGUAGACCCUAAAGAAGAGGAACAUACCACGCCCUCAGCAGUAGUUUCACCCGUUUCAGAUCUCUCAGAAACGUACAAGCCUAUCACACAUGACGAUGGAAUCAUCGAGACUAGAAUAACUGCAGGGAAACCUUUACUGACGGAACCAGCUGACGGAACUAAACCAGUUCACACUGUCACAUUAGACAUUGGCGAUUCCGAGCUGGAAUCAACGCAGUCUCCAUUAACAACGCCUGCUGCAACCGAAAUAGAUGAUGACCUGUUGAUUAACUCGACAGUUGAUGCAGGAAAGGAAUCAGUCACGAAAACUCCGGAAUACUUUGAACCAACAAGUGCAUUUAUAAACUCUACCGUUACUGUGAAUGACUCGAGAGUUUCAACAACCCCUGAAACGUCACUAACUGAAAGCGUCACAGAUUCUCCCAUUUCACAGCCAGAUGACAAGUUUGUAACUAGUGAGCAGCCAUCCACAGAGUUUCCUGCUACAGAAAAACCAAAGCCAUCCUCAACAGAAACAGCCACCGAUUCUGGCAUUCCUCUUGAUACAUCUGAAACAACUACACUUCCAGAAGAACAUGAAACUACUACAACCGCAGUAGUAGUAACAAGUGUUAUCACCUCUGACAGCCGCAAUGAAACCAAAACCACUGAAAAACCUACUGAAGAAUCCCACACAGAACCAGGUCCUGGGCUUCCAGAGGAAGAGAAAGAAAUUGAUGUUACUUCCCCACCCCCUAUAGUGACGACUGAGGGAAUACCAGGAGAAGGAGACUGCAUGAUGAACAGCAUCACUUAUUCUAACGGAGACGUCGUGCCGACAUCUUCAGCUUGUGAGGAGAGCUGCACAUGUCGCGACAGCAUUGUGGUCUGUAAAUUCAAGUCUUGCGAAUCUCCUCCACCGUCUUUCCUCCGAUGCGAACCUUCAGAAAUUCCCGGAGAGUGUUGCCCUCGUUACGAUUGCCCUGCAUCAGUCAAUAAUAGGACCUGUGAGAAAGAUGGGGUCACGUAUCAAGACGGGAAGCUCGUACCGACCAGUAAUCCUUGCGACGAAUGUUUCUGUGUCGAGGGAAAGAUUAUUUGCGCCAUCCGAGAGUGCUUACCUCCUGCAAAGGGAUGCGUGCCAGUCUCCCAGUCAGACGACGGAUGCUGCCCCACUGCAUAUGAAUGUCCCUCCAUCGCUCCUGGUGUCGCCGAUCUCGUCAUGGUGACGGAAAAACCCCAAGGUGUAAAUGAAACGCUCAGCACAAGCUGCAAGCAAAAUGGAAAAGAGUUCAGAGAUGGCGAUGCAGUUCCUACGUCAGAUCUCUGUCAAGAAUCCUGUCUGUGCAAAGAUGGCGACUUACGGUGCAUCAAAAAAGCGUGCCCGUCUCCACCACCGAGCUUCCGCAGAUGUUUAAAAAUUGAGGAUUCAAAGGAAUGCUGCCCGUCGUACGAGUGCCCCCCCCCAGCUGUUGAUGGAGGAGCAUCAUGUCGGUUUGGAGGUAUCGAUUACACCGACGGAGAGUUGGUUCCAAGCUUGAGCAAUUGCGAAGAAUGCUUCUGCCAAGAUGGGGAAGUUAUUUGUGCUGAACUUGAGUGUAGACCUCCUGGGCCAAACUGCAUUCCUGCUCUAGUUGAGGAAGGCAGUUGCUGUCCUUCUUCGUAUGAUUGCAGUGAGCAGACCCCAGAGUUGACCUUUACUUCACCUGAAUUUUCCGUUGACACUGUUGAAGAUACUCCAGUCAUUUCAACUGUGUCCGGAGACUUCAAAAAUACUUCUGAUGGUACAACCAUUGGGAUCGAUGCAGGAAGUGAAGUUCCCGACUCCAAAGACUCAUCUGACGGAGUGACAGUAUCGCAACCCAACGCUACAUCGUCAGUUCAGACCUCCACUACUCCGAAAAAAACUGUUGACUCCCAUAUGCAAGCAGACACAACGGCCACGGAAGUUUCUUCAGUGCAAGAUUACACAGAGGCUUCAGUUUUUACUUACAAUGAUACGAAAACAACUGUGUUCACUAAAGCACAAACUUCAACCGAAGUACCAUCAUCAGAAACUGUGCAGGCUGAAACACAAACGACCUCGUAUGCUCAUACAACACCGCCAAGCCUUACUCCGGAGACUGACAUUAGAUCAUCAGCAGUAACUGGUACAGGGGAGACUAUGGAAAGUGAAUCAGCUACAAUUGAUGGUAUCGAAAAUGCAACUACUUUGUCACCUUUAGCAACAGAGACAGGUACAGCCGCGCAGCCGUUCGUAUCGAAAAUCACUACUACAACUGCCUCAUCAAUAACAGAAACCAAGUUUAACGCUACUCCUAGUGGAACAGGGGAUGAAGUUACUACCGUUGGAAUUUCGCUUGUAACUGAAACUCCAAGCGUUGUAGCAAAUUUAAGUGACACAAAGUACUCAACGCCCGAUAUUAUAAUCGAUAGUCAGAACGAUACCAUUCCAGAGUUGAUUACCGAAAGUUCUUUGGUCGAUGAUAUAUCUAGCACCUCGGCUAAUGAUCUCUCUAAGACUCCAUCUGGACAAACAGAAUUUUCCACAGUGAUGAGACUGACUCCUUCAGAGACUCCAGAGGGCUUCGUAGUUGUCGAUCAUUCAACUACAGUGAUGCCAAUAGAAAACCUGGCUGAUCAUGAAUCAACUUCAACCGUGAAGAAUACUAGUACAGGCAGCACAACCAAAUUUACAGAAUUAGAUUAUAAAAGUACCACUGCCAUCCCAGAAGGCAUCGAGAAAGGUGUUGUGUCCACAGUUAGCAUAUCAGAAGACGGUACAUUUGAAUAUGGCGACAGCACUACACUCAACCCAAUCCAUGCGUAUGAGGCCUCGAGCUCUACGACUCCCUUAACUGAACUGGAGAAGGAAUCGGACAUUAUUGAAUCUACUUCCAUUGAGCCGACAACUGAACGAUUCACAGACGUAUGUGUUGUGGACGGAAGGACGUAUUCAGACGGAGAAACAAUUCAGACAAAUAAAUAUGGUGGCUGGGAUAGCUGUCACAAAAGUUGUGUAUGUAAAAAAUCUGUUGUCGAAUGUACUCUUCUCGCCUGUCCUCCGGCUCCUCCCUCUGCAUUGCGCUGCAAACCUGUAGAAGACCCAGGUCAAUGUUGUCCUUCCUAUGAUUGUGAGGAAAUAAAUCCUGGUGGAGAUCCGGCUUUAACAUGCAAUCAAGAAGGACAGAUUUUCAAGAACGGACAAUAUGUGCCUAGCGCCUUCGAGUGCGUUGACUGCUAUUGCAUUGAUGCAGUAGUAACCUGCGCCAAGGUUGUCUGUCAAAUUCCUGCUGGCAACUGCACACCAUCAACAGUUCUUCCCGGCGAAUGCUGUCCUAGCGAAUAUAGUUGCCGUGAACCCGAAGCGCAAAUCACAGAGUCCGCUUUAACUACUCAAAAAGAACAAGAAUCAACUACUGCCUCGACGCCAAGUCUCGAAGAACAGAGCCGAUCUUGCGUUCGAGAUGGGACUAUGUAUCUACACGGUCAAUCAAUGCCAGUGGCUAACGCAUGUCAGGAAAGCUGCAAGUGCCACAACGGGACGGCGCAGUGCAAGCUGCGUGCCUGCCCUCCUUCUCCACCGUCCUUCCUGCGCUGCGUUCCACAUGAAAAACCUGAUCAGUGCUGUCCCAGCUAUGAAUGUCCAAGCGGCACUGCGAAUGAAACCUUGGUCACAAAAUGUAUGAACAAUGGAAUCGAAUAUCAAAACGGAGAGCUCGUGCCGAGCUUCGAUCAUUGUUCGGACUGCUACUGCAUUGACGGCAACGUCACGUGCGCUGCUCUAGAGUGUCAGCCACCAGCUCCAAACUGCACUCCUAACGAAGUCCCUGAAGGCCAUUGUUGUCCAACCGAAUACGAUUGCAGUGAAUCUUCACCAACUUUCGGUAUUGAAACCGACUCCACUCCUGAUUUGACAUUCUCUGCUGUGGAUGAGACUGUAGAUGGAGUUACAACAACUACUCCAGAUAUAACCGUAACCUCAGAGGAGACUUCAGUGACUACCGAAGACUUCAGUGAGGCUGUCACAGUUGGAGAUGGAACGGAACAAACUGAAGCUGAUGGUGAAAUAUCUACCACGUCCCAAUCGACCGUAGUCCCAGAAAUUAUCGAAACUGAGACAUUGCUGCCCGAUGAACAAGUGGUGGGAUCUACGAUGGAGCCUGUCACUGAGAGUGAAGAAUCUGCAGCAACCCAAGCUCUGGAGGAAGGCUCAUGCGUUAAAAAUAAUACUGUUUAUCUCAACGGUUCAGAGGUGCCAGCUCUAGCAGCGUGUGAAGAGAGUUGUCUUUGUUCGGAAGGGGCUAUUCUGUGUGAAAUGCAGGCCUGUCCGCCCGCUCCUCCUGCGUUCUUAAGAUGUUCGCCCAUUCAGCAGCCUGAGCAAUGCUGCCCCUCGUACGACUGUCCUGAAGUUAAACCUGAUCCUUCGACUACUCCGAGUUGUGUGGUCAACGGAACGGGUUACGUGGACGGUGAAUACGUACCAGGCCCCAGUUACUGCACCGACUGCUACUGUAUAGCGGGAGAAUACAUCUGCGCCACACUUGACUGCGAGGCUCCUGGUGAAAACUGCCUGCCCGUUGAAAUUCCUGAAGGCAGCUGCUGUCCAACGCGUUAUACAUGUGCCGACUCUGCACUUUCAUCGCCUUUGCCCGAAGAUUUCACUUUCCCCGUAGAUAAAAUAUCUACCCGGUUUACUGAUGUCGACAGACCAGAAACUGAAGUUACUCAACCAGAAUCCGACACAAGAGAAACGGUUAAGGAUACAAUAACUGCUGUCACGAUAGAAACGGAUGAGUUAACAACAGUAAGGACUCUUCUCCCAAACGGAACAAUGGUCACUAGUGGAGAAGUAAGUUCCACCGCUUCGACCAAACCUACCCCAGCCGUUGGCGACAGCACAGGCAUCUCGCACACUAGUGAACCGGAAACAUAUGGAUCGGUAGCUGAUUCCGAAGUCGCUGACGACAGAGUAACGGUUACGGAAGUAACAGAAAAACAUACCACUGUCGAAGAAGAAACUGAGAGCACACCUGAAGUUGAAACUUCUACUGCAACAUCUCCUUCGAAACUUCCUGAUGUAACAGAAAGGCCUGAGGAGGGGGAUGAAACAUCGGAACAUAUACCAUCCGCCGUUACUCAGACAAGCGUUGUGGACCAGGUUGACUCGGAAUCUACCAGCACCCCAGGCUAUGGUGAAGUUACCGAACAAUUUCCGGAUGAUUCAACCGACCAUACAGAUGAAAGCGUGGGGAUUUACAAUGAAACAACUACCACUUUGGAAGAAAUUUACAUUACAACCCCAGCAUUUGGCGUAACUGAAUCCCCAUCGAUGGGCAGAGAAUGCACUGUAGAUGGAAUUGUUUACUCAGACGGAUCAUCAGUUCCAGUCCUAAACUCAUGUCAAGAGGAAUGUCAGUGCCGAAAUGGAACGUUGCAAUGUGAUCAAAUAGCUUGCCCCCCUGCGCCCCCUGCAUUUUUCAGAUGCACGCAAGUUCAAACUGAAAGCUGUUGCCCAUCUUACGAUUGCGCUUUGCCAGCAAGCAACGCUUCGGCCCAGGGAUGCAAUGUGAAUGGAACUACUUUCAGUGAUGGCCAAUAUAUUCCCAGUGGGACCAUCUGCAAGGAUUGCUACUGCAUUGACAAUGAAGUCGUUUGUGCCACUAUUGACUGCCCUAUUCCCGGCCCCAACUGCUACGCGUUGCGUCAGAGUGAAUACGGAUGUUGUCCCGAAAAAUACCGCUGCGAUUCUGCAGAAAUUGUGACGGAAGCAACUGCGACAUCGCCACCAUUAGAUUCAAUGGAUGCUAACACUCGGGCAACUGGAUUGACCGAAGAAAUUGAUGACGUUCCGACCACGUUCUCACCCAGCGUCGGCUGCAUCGUGCGAGGCAUCUUGUACUUGGACGGCGACGCAGUGCCGGACAAAAAUCCGUGCAAUCUCUGCCACUGCUCAGGAAGCAGAGUCGUGUGCUCUCCCAGACAAAAUUGCUCACAAGAAAUUAAACCAGAUGCUGAUUCUAGCAUUAUUGAACAUGACGAUGGCACACCAACGCUGUUGGUGCCGUCAACGGAGCUCGAGGUAAAAUUCACUCACCAGCCCGCCGACGAAACCGAGGAUGUCGUCGCUACGCGUCAACAAACCGAAACGACCGAUGUCGAUAUUGUUGAAGGUUCCAUCACAACUGUGCGUCCAAGUGUCGCAGUUGAUGCUACCACGGAAAUAACUGUGGAGACAGAAAGUCCUUAUGUACCGGUAACCGAAUCAGUUACAGGAGACAGUAUCGAGACAUCGACUGUUUUUGAAGAAGAUGCUGUAACUUCAGCGCCAGAUGAUGAGACAAACACAACUGUGUCAUCUUUACCAGAUACGGAACCAACAGUCGCAACGGAAUCUUCAGGCGGAUACGAUGAAACUACCAGUGAAGUGACCGAGCCUACUGAUGCAGUGACAGAUUUCACUUCAGAAGACACCACCGAUAUUCCAGUGACCACAUCUGCCACUGACGCUCCGGCGUGCUAUUACAACGGCAUUGAGUAUACGAACGGAUCCAGCGUCCCUCCAAACAAAUGUCAGGACAAUUGCAUCUGCAUCAACGGAGAAGUUUCGUGCCAACAAGCCGCCUGUCCACCCGCUCCUCCUGCCUUCCUAAGAUGCGUCGUUUCAGAGAGGGAUGCUUGCUGUCCAUCGUACCAAUGCCCUAAUGAAACCGAAACGACAACCGUUGGCCCCACCUGCAUAAAGGAAGGGCAGUCCUACUCUGAAGGCGACCACGUCCCAAGCCCCGACGUUUGUUCCGACUGCUUCUGUGUCGACGGCAGGAUUGUAUGCGCCACGCUGGAAUGCGAGGCGCCAGGUCCUCGCUGCACUCCUGCUCCUGUACCAGAAGGAGUCUGCUGCCCCGAGUCUUAUGACUGCAUUGAAGAAAUUCAGGAAAGUGGAACAACUUUGCCACCGUCAGCAACAGAUGCGACGGAAACAGCCGAACCUCUGGACUCAACCACCGCGUCACCUCCUAGCAGCGACGCAGUUAACGUCUGCGUCGUGGGAGGAGUCCAAUUCGGUGACGGCGAAGAUGUGCCUGUCGAAAAUUCCUGCCAGGAGUCAUGUUCGUGUUCCUCUGGAGACUUGCUGUGUGUUCUUCGCAAGUGUCCAGACAAGCCUCCUUCAUUCUUGCGAUGUGCUGCAGUUCGCAACAGUACAGACCAAUGUUGUCCGACUUACGAAUGUCCGCCAGCCACCAACAUCGAUGCCUCUUCAUGUAAGCGAGAUGGCAUUACCUACGCUGACGGCGAUUACGUGAACAGCACCAACGUCUGCACCGACUGCUACUGCGUACAAGGGGAGAUCGUGUGCGCGACGCUCGAGUGUGAAGCUCCCAGCGCCAGAUGCAUUCCAAUGCCAGCAACCAUCGAAGAAUGCUGCCCUGCUUCUUACCUCUGCCCUGGUGAAGGUUCAAGCGAAACAAGCACGGAGUCGGCUACUACAAUUUCGCCCGAAGAGACGUCAACUGUGGCUGAAACGAGUGAGAGUGAGCACUCAUCAACUGAAAGCUCGGUUGGAUCUAUAAGUGAGGUAACAGAAGCUAUUUCUGAAUCGGUCACCUCUACUCCUGAAGAGGGAACAGAUCAAGUCAUAACCGAAACCGAGGUAUCAGCCAGUAUCAGCCCAUCAACUGAAAGCUCGGUUGGAUAUACGAAUGAGGUUACAGACGUGCCUUCAGAAUUGAUCACUGUGACUCCUGAAGAGGUAACAGAUGAAGCUGUCACCGAUGUAUCACCUAGUACGUUGGCUUCGGAUAUUGGCGAAGGUGACACUACACCAGCCACUGCUGAAGAGUCGACGUCAGAAAAGCCCGUGGAAGGAGAAAUUUCAUCUGGUCCCAUCAGUGAUGAUCCAAGUCAUACUUUUCCCGAAAUAAAGAGCACUGAAUUCACCGACACCACAACUGCUUCCUCGUCUGAAGAAGCUCAAACAACUCAGUCAAGCGUCGACAUUGACUCGACCGCUUCAACUGAUUCUCCAAUUAAGGAAUCCGAAACAACACCGUCAAGCGUUGACAUUGACUCGACGGCUUCUACAGAUUCCCCAAUUAAAGAAACCAAACCUACCCAGUCGAGCGUCGCCAUUGACUCUACUACUUCUGCUUCAACAGACGACAUUGAAGCUCCCCAAACGACUGAACCAUCUCAUGUGGCAGGAACUGAAGCGACUACCGUGAAAAGUACAAGUAUUGCUGGUGAAGUAGACGAAACAAUGUCCGAGUUUGAAACCUCGACAUCAAUUUCUACAGAUGAAUCUACAGAAAUUGCCACUACCGCUUCCCCACACACUGAUAACUUUGAAGAACUAACUUGCCUUGUAAAUGAAACGGUUUACCAGGAUGGCGCUUCUCUACCUGCUCUUGGCCCCUGUCAGCACAGUUGCAAGUGCGCGAACGGCACCGUUAAAUGCGACCGUCAAUCGUGUCCUCCUGUCCCUCCUCAGUUCCUCCGAUGCUCCCCUGUACCCGUCUAUGGAGAUGAUCAAUGUUGCCCAAUUUACAGUUGCCCUCCGUCCCCUGGUACGGACAGUGUUGGCGAGGCAAGUUGCGUCAAGGACGGACAAGAGUUCCUGGACGGCGAACACGUGCCCAGCCCCACCAUCUGCACCGACUGCUACUGCGUCGACGGCGUCAUCGUGUGCGCGGAGAUUGACUGCGGCGUCCCAGGUCCCAACUGUUCCCCAGUUUACCAAGCCGAAGAAGCCUGCUGCCCGUCAACAUAUGAAUGUCAAGAAUCGACUCCAGCAUAUCCACAGUUGGCCAUCACUACGGACGAUGCUUCCGACAAGAAGGAUGUAACUUACGCGGAGCCAGAAUUAACCGAUGUGGAAAUCGAUGAACCCGCAGCCAUUACGUCAGUUACUGAAAUCGGCUCGCGGAACAUAACAACAGUAGCUCCACUUUCCACGGGCUUCGGCGAGCAUGAAAAGACUAAACCAGAAUUGGUUACCGAGCCUGGCGUUCAUAGACCACUAACUACGGAUUCCAUUGGCAAAACAACUGUCAGCGAGGACGAUUACGUAACAGUAACUUCUGAUUACACUGGUCCCAGCAAUGUUUCAACACUGGCUCCUGUAGCAGGCCAAGAAUUCGAUGCAAUGACUACUACUAUUAAAUCGGCUGUGGAAUCGGUAACAGAAUUAAUAACUUUUUCAAACCAGAAGCCGACGCCUCUGACGGAAUCGGCAACCAGUCCUGUACGUGCAACGACUUUGUCUUCAGUGGAUUCUUCAACCGACGAACCUCCAAAAAUAACUGAAGUUGAAAGAAUUUCUACUAGAAUUACUGUACCUGUAAUUGAAGACGACACAAACAGAGAGACGGAGCUGCCUGGAAACGAUACACGCACCAGACCUGAAACUACAAAACUCCCGACUUCUACUGACGAGUACGGAAAGGGGGUGACAGAUUUGCCAUCAACCACUGACUAUUCAACUUCACGACCCCAAAUGACUGCAGUAACUGAGGGAACUGAUGACGUCACUGAUGCUGACAAAGAAAAACCCUAUCAUAAACCUGAAUUCUCUGUUCCUGAUGACGUUCAGGGUGACGUUACAACUGCCGGAGAGGAAUCUCAUGGCGAGUUCACUGAAUCUCCCUUAGGGUUAGUGACUGGUGUAAGCACAACUACCAAGAAACCUGAAAAAACGAGUACGUCUAGCCAGUCAAAAGCCCCAAUUGACUCGGUUACUGAAGGAAGUUCACGUGAAACAGAGAUUGUUACCGAGUCUGGAGCAAAUGUAACAUUCGUGGUUGAUACGAGCCCCGUCACAGCUAUUCCCAAACCUUUCAAUGCCACUACCGUCUCCGAAGCAUCCAUUAGUUCGGACACAGAUAGCAAAGUUACAGUCACUGACAAACCAGAAGAAUUUCCGAACACAACUACGUCUUUUACGCCAAUUAGUUCGAGCACAGUGACGAGCACAAUUUCUGAAGAACCAGGAACUGGUUUUGAAACGAGAGAAACCAGCACAACACCGAACGAAAUGGUAGUAACCACAACAGAAAUCAGCCGUGUUGAAACUAAUGUAACAAAAACGGAAGACGUUUCUACCCGAAUCACACAUGUAGAAUAUGAUUCAUCAACACUCAAACCCUCUCCGACCGAAACAUCCGAUCGGAAUACAACAGAAAUUCCUAAAUUACCAACCACAUUAAGCGAAGGAAACGUGAGCAAAUUGCCAUCUGAUGCACAUACUCUGGAGGAUAGUAAUGUUACAUUAGCCCCUGUAACGACAACUUUGGCGAACAAUGUUUCUGUCGACAUUGAGCUAGAGCCAGAAAGAAUCAUUGACAAAAUAACAACAUUGGCAACUGAAUCAGAAACUCUAACUAGAACCAAAAGCCCGAUCGAAAGUCAAACGGAAACUCCCGCGCAGAGCAGUGAUACACCAUCAAACGUUACUGCGAUGUCAACAGGAAACGGAUAUCAAAGUACUGUUUCUAAGCCUGUUGAUUAUGAAGGUAAGCUCACAACUGAAGCUUACCCUGGCGAGCCAACAAAAACGUCAACUAAAACAAUUGCCACAACAGAAGCAUUGGACGACGUUUCAACCCUCGAUGAACAAGAGUUUGUUAAAGCCAACAUUUCUACGCCUACUACUGAGCAAGAAACUUACGCCACAGAGAAGACAUCGGCAGUUCCGAGUGUAAUAUCUUCUGCAUCGUCAACGGACGCACCAUUCCCAAACGUAUCAAGUUUUGUUGAAACUUCAUCUCCACUCGUCACUGAAAGUCCAAAAGAUUCGUCGGAAAUUACUACGCUACCUUCUCUUCCAAAGCAUAAUCAUACGGAGAAAACGCCAACCGUUGAAGAUUUGGUAAGCAUUACCGACGAUGAGCCGACACUAAGCGUGGUCGCAGAAGACGGCGCAGUUGCUACUGCGCUUGAUUCUACGACAGAGUCAAUUGUCAACGUUUCGAACUUGAUCGACAAAAUACCCGAGAAGACUACCGUUGCGCCUGUCAACUCAUCAACAAGCGUAUUACCCAAGGAAGAUGCAAAAACAACCGCGAGUGAUGUGCAAGUUGGAACGGAAAUUUCUAGCGGAUUGUUUACCUCUGUUCCUUCGCUAUCAACGGAAUCCCCUGAAAAAAUGGAAGUCACUGAUAACUUCGUCUCUACUAGGAUCACUUCGCCAAAAGAACCAAUUUAUACGCAAGUGCCGAUCGAGACAGAUUCUCUGCCUCAUUCUAAUGAAACAGGAGCUGACGAAACAAGAACUACUACUAAGUUAAUUCCCACUGGAAAUUUCAGUGUCACCGAAGUUGGUGGCAUCAUUGACUUCUCAACCACCACUGAAGUAACAACGGACAAAACGACAACGAAGACGAAUGCAAGUACCACAAGUAGUUCUACUCGUCCAACGACAGAUAGUGCAGAUGACAGGACAACGAUCAAGGUUUCUGACGUGACAGAGAUCGCAAGUGUGAGUUCCCCUCCACCUUUGUAUCAGACUCCUCGACCCGGCACGGCUGUUACUGGGUACACUUCUGCUGUCCCACCGUUCCCUGGUGGUUUGCUCUCAUCAUCCAGCACCACGUGGAAACCAAGUACGACUACCGAUUUCAUUUUGGGCCCAGGAGCGUGUAUGUUUGACGGGAAAGUAUACGUGUCUGCUCAACAAAUACUGAGAGAUGAUCCAUGCGAUUUUUGCUUCUGCUUCAGAGGAGAUAUCAUUUGUCUGCAACAAUCUUGCCCUCCGCCAGUUCCUGGUUGCUUUGAAGAACCAAUUCCUGGUUUUUGUUGCCCUCGCUAUGAAUGCCCUCUCACAAAAGCUGUCGUUAAUGUCACCACGACCACAACUCCGCUACCCACGUACCCACCUUUGCAAAGAUCUGAAGAAAUUGUGAUGUGUGAAAUCGGAGACCGUUACUAUCACACUGGAGAAAUUGUAGAAGAAGCUUCUGGACCAUGCCUGGAAUGCAGGUGCGGCAAUGACGGAAUGAUGGAAUGCGACCCCAAAGAUUGUCCUGCUUCCCCAAUGCUCGGUAAAAUAUUCACUAAAGGCAGAGAUUACAAGAACGAGAGUUGAACCCAACACCAAGGAUCUAGGCAUUAAAAUGAUCUGGUCUUUUUUAUUUUCUACGUCGAAAAUUCCAGCUACUGCUGCGCGUUUAAAUUCAAUCAUUUUAGGAAAUUUUUGCUCGCUUGUGAUCAUAGAAUACACUACAGGGUGUUUGUUAAGUAGUGAUUUUAUGAAGAAAAUAUUUUAAAUUGUAAUAGUCUUGAAUAGAGCUUUCACUUACGGAAGAAUUAUUGAGCGACGAGGAUUUCAACGUCAACAGGUUGAUGAGAUAUAUCUCUGUUCGGAAUAAUUGUUCCUUACAUCUUAAUUACAAGUGAGAUAGAAACGUUUACAACGUUUGAGAUAAAUUUGAUAUCAUAUAAUUCAAUUGUGCCCCAGCUUAGUAUGGCAAGCUAUAUCUUGAAGUUACCAAUUCUAGCCCAGGUAUCAAGGAGAAGGUGACCGAUACAUCAAGUUUCGGGCUCUAGCAAGCCACGCAAAUCGAACGGAAAGAUAAUCGUCAAACUAGAUUUUUGAAUGGUCGCUAAUUUGAACGAAGACAAUGGCAUAAAGCAUGAAACUUAGACGAGAAGUCCACCAUUGCCCAUGACAAGGUCUCAAUAAUCUCUACUCAAUAAAUACCCUGUAUUUAGGCAGUGUGCUUUCCAAUUAUUUAGGCUCAUCUUCUGCCGGUGAUAUGGGUAAUGUUUCUAGGAUUAAGUUGUUGGUAGUAUCCCAUGCGAGGUAAACGAAAAGAUCGAGACACUCGAAGUGCCAAAUCUAGUAGGACACCAGGAAUUGUCUGAUAAUCCACCCUUGUUUCUAGACUGGUACAAUUGAUACUGUUAUCUGAUGUGAGACUAGAGGAUCAAUCCCACCUUUUGAGUGCUACAAUUAAGAAGUGAUGUCAUCCCAGUGGUGUGGUGAACCAGCAACUUACCGUGACAACACGAUGCCCUUUGUCGCUACCUGCUAAGGACAAAUAUUGGCUACAACCCUUAUGGUCUUGUUUCCACUCUAUUUAGUAACGUUUUGGGCAUUUCAUGAACUUUGGGCGUUAUAAUUUGUUCUCAUUGCAGUGCUAGCAAUAAUAAGGCAUUAUUGUCCCAGUGCCAUCAAUUAUAAUUUAUACAACGUAGAAUUUAGAUCCUAAAUUAAUUUAGGAAGUCCCUGCAUUAAUAUCAUGGUGAAACUAUUGGAAGCAUGGAAGGCUUCAUUCCUUCAUAUCACAGCAAACCUUAUAAGUAGAAGUGUCAGGAGCACGGGAAAUUUGCAAUAUGGUAUUGGCUGCAUCUGCGUAGUGUCAUGUGAUGCGGUCACGUCAGUGUCCUGCAGCAACCAGCCAUCUUCCGCAUGGCAUCAUUUAGCAUCAUAAGGUUUUACCUUUAGUCUGUAUGAUUAAUAUGCUUCAACUGAGUUGGCCUGCGGCGCAGAUUGUAGAUGAAGUGUAGUUUCUAACGUUCAAUUCGCCACUCUCGAUUUAAACUGAAACGUUUUCUCCACAUAAUGUCUCGUAAUUCUUCUUUAUUUUAGAGAUCAUUCACAUUAUAUUCGCCUUUACUUUCAGAAGCUUGAAGAAAGUACAAAAUUUAAAUCGAUAUAAAUCUCUGUUGAACAACAUUGGGACAUUAGUAUUUUAGUGCACAGUCGUUGACUGAAGAAUAACCCUCUCAACUAUGCUUGCUUAGCUUCGUUCUUCACACUUCAACUGCGCGGGAACUUCAUUGUUACUUGGCAUUGAGCGGUUCAUACAGUAUUGUACCAGUAUUCGUAGUUUAGUUCGUAUAGACAGUAACUAUUUAUUAUCUAGCAAUAAAUUGUGAAGCUUGUGACGCACAAGUAGCUUGUACAGCUCAUACUCCGAACACCCAAUUAUCAUGCAAGCUUUUUAACUGUAAAAAUGUGAAUAAAGUUUUUUACUUUU